AUGUUCUCCAUGCUUGGACUCUGCCGUGGAGUGACCAUGGGUUGGCGGCGGACGGCUACAUCGGGAAAGGUGGCCGGAGCAGCAGGCGUGGCUGGUCUGGGCAGGCUUCAUGAACACAUUGCUCAGGCUUCGUCGCAGGCAUUUGAUUCAGCACGGGCAAAGGUAGACAGUCUGAACAAGCGGCCGUCGAACGAGACACUGCUCCGGCUGUAUGCGCUGUACAAGCAGGCGACGGUUGGCCCGUGCGAGACUGAUCGUCCGUCGAUGCUCAACAUGGUCAACCGCGCAAAGUGGGAUGCUUGGCACGGACUGAGUGACAUGCCGCAGGAGGACGCCCAGGAUGCAUACAUCCAGCUGGUCGAUGGCCUGGUCAAGGAAAAUGCCGACGAGAUGGCAUCGACAUCAGACAGCGCCGCCGCCGCUCCGGCUCAAGGCUACCUGCCUGAGUCGUCCAACAUGCGGACCGAGAUGCUGGACAACGGAGUGGCGCAUGUCCAGCUGACCUCGCUCACUGUGGCGCCGUCGUUCUUUACCGAUCUGGGUGCCACCUUUUCGGCGCUCGGGGCCAUGCCCGAGGUCAACGUGGUGGUGCUCUCUGCGGAGCGUGGGGCGCGGGCCUUCUCGUACGGGCUCAACGUCGAGGCUACCAUGGCCGAGUUUGGGCAUGUGCUGAUGGACAAGUCGCGCAAGCCGGAAAUGUACGCCGAGCUGAAGAAGUGGCAGGCCUCGAUCUCGACGCUGGCCACCAUCGAGGUCCCGGUCAUCGCUGCCGUCCACUCGCACUGCAUCGGCGCCGGCGUUGACAUCAUCACCGCCGCCGACAUCCGCCUCGCCGCCCGCGACGCCAACUUUUCAGUCCGUGAGGCCCAGCUCGGCAUCACCGCCGACAUGGGCUCGCUCCAGCGGCUGCCGCACAUUGUGGGCCAGGGCCACACACGCCACCUUGCGCUCACCGCUUGCGACGUCGACGCGCCCACCGCCGCCGCCAUGGGCCUCGUUGCGCCACAGCUCGCCGACGACGCCGACGCCGUCAUCGACGCCGCACUCGACAUGGCCCAGACCAUCGCCGCCAACCCGCGCCCGGCCGUCACCGGCACCAAGCACAUCCUCAACCAUCUCAUCGACAACUCGGUCGAGUCGGAGCUCGACUACGUCGCGCUGUACAACACGGCCGUCCUUGACUUUGACGUCAUCUCCGAGGCGUACAUCAAGGCCCAAAAGGCGCGCGCUGCCGCCAAGGCCAACAACUAA